CAAUCGUUUCACAACCACAAAGCUCGUAGCUACACUUCCUGCCAACUGAGGGGCAAUUGUACUGGACUGAGAGCGCAAAGGGAUAAAUUAUGUUAAUCAGUCGGGGCAGAUUGGAGGCGUGCUGUUGCCUUAAUGAGGGGGAGCAUGCCUGCGUUGUGGAAAAGCUGCGAGUACUAGUGUCGUCUCCACUGCGUGCACACUGCCUUCUAGUUCCCCAGUCUCUCCUUUUACUUUAUUGUGCAUAAUAGCAAUUUCUUCUGCAGUCGACUACUGUGCAAGGCUCGGUGCAACAAGUUUGCAGGAGCCCCUCACGUCGUCAGGCAGGCUGACUUCCACUCAUCUCUCUGUCCCUGUACGUGAAUGCCGCGUCGCAGACACGCACUCAAACAGACCAGUGUGCCAUAAAUUCGCGACUCCGCGCCAGAUGCAGUUUGCUCCCAGCAGAGCCGGUAGUUAUAGUUAAAUAGCAAUCGCAGAGGCAAGAGGAGCAUCUAAGUGCGCGGAAAAUGGAGAAAGAAGUGGCGCCUCAGAAGCGACAGUGCUGUCGCACAACAGUGCUGAACGUCAUCUCGUCUUUAUGUUCACUGGCGUCCAUCGCCUUUUGCAUUCUUCUCAGCAUUAACACCGCUGAUAUUAAGAGCCGGGUUGUGAAUUUGGAGAGUGGGAAUGGGGAGCACACCUUAAUCCCUGCCCCCGGCUACUCCAUGGAUGAUUUUAAUUCCCUGAUUCAACAAAGAGUGGACGAGCUGCUCUCUCAGCACUCCUAUGAGAAAAUUAAGAUUCGCACCGCCAGACAAGCAUCACCUGAAUGCAACUGCCCUCCAGGACCUCCGGGAAAGCGGGGAAGAAGAGGCCGAGAUGGAGAAACUGGACCUCCUGGCCCUCCAGGUUUGAAGGGUGAAAAGGGGGAUCAAGGUGACCAGGGACCACGGAUGGUCUUCCCUAAGAUCAAUCAUGGCUUUCUUUCCGCUGACCAGCAGCUCAUAAAGCGGCGGCUCAUUAAGGGAGAUCAAGGCCAAGCUGGACCACCUGGGCCUCCAGGGCCGCCAGGCCCACCUGGGCCGAGGGGGCCACCAGGAGACACUGGCAAGGAUGGGCCCAGAGGCGUAGCCGGUCUUCCAGGGGAUGCAGGGCAGCCUGGAGAAGUAGGACCCAUGGGGCCUGAAGGGCCACCAGGGACAAAGGGUUCUCUCGGGCCUCCUGGCGUCGCAGGUGCUGAUGGGCUGAAGGGGGAUGUUGGCAUCCCAGGAUUGGACGGUAUCCCCGGAGCCAAGGGUGAAAUGGGAGAGCGAGGUGAAAAGGGCGAUAUGGGUGAAGAAGGACCGAAAGGUGAUAUGGGAGAGAAGGGAGACGCAGGCUCCUCUGCAGCUGGCAUCAAGGGUGAACCCGGAGAGCCUGGACGAAGUGGACAAAAGGGAGAGCCAGGACUUCCAGGGCUGCCUGGACUCCCAGGGAUAAAGGGUGAGCCUGGGUUCCUCGGGCCCCAGGGAGAGCCAGGGCUUCCCGGACUCCCAGGGACUAAGGGUGAGAAAGGCGACCAUGGUCCACCAGGAAAAGGUGAACGAGGAGAUAUCGGACCAGUUGGACCAAAGGGUUCACAGGGAGAAGCUGGUGCACCUGGUCUGAAAGGGUCAAAGGGGGAGACUGGAGAUAAAGGAGAUUUGGGAUUCGUCGGGCCGAAGGGACCCCCUGGGCAGAAAGGAGACCAAGGAGCCACCGAAAUCAUUGACUACAAUGGAAACAUUCAGGAGGCUUUACAGAAGAUUACCACUAUUACAGUAACGGGGCCUCCUGGGCCUCCCGGGCCAGUGGGACCUCAGGGUAUAAAGGGGGAUCGUGGGAUGCCUGGUCUCCCUGGGCUCGAUGGUGAAAGAGGCUACAAAGGUUCAAAAGGAGACAUGGGAAUGCCCGGAAUUUCGGGGGACAAAGGAGCAACUGGUUUGCCUGGUCUACCUGGCGUCAAUGGUGUAAGAGGAGAUAAGGGAGAUCCAGGUCUGCCUGGUCCUCAAGGUCCUUCGAUUAUUGGUCCUCCUGGGCCACCAGGGCCCCAUGGACCACCAGGACCCAUGGGACCGCAUGGCUUCCCUGGAGCAAAGGGUGAACCUGGGUUGCAUGGUGUGAAGGGUAUGCGAGGGGAGCCAGGACACAAAGGGGACCGUGGGCCUUUGGGUCUUCCUGGAGCCUCCGGCUUGGACGGCAAGCCCGGACCUAGGGGCAUGGACGGACCUCCAGGUCCAGCUGGUCCAGCUGGACCGAAGGGUGACAUAGGUGAGAGAGGAGCACCUGGCGAGCCAGGACCAAGGGGACCUUAUGGACUACCUGGUGCGGCUGGAACACCAGGCUUGGACGGGUUGCCAGGCUUAAGGGGAGAGAAAGGCGACGUUGGGGAAAGAGGAGAAAAGGGGGAGAAGGGAAAGAAGGGCAAAAAAGGGCCCAAGGGCGAGAAAGGAGAACAGGGUGCCCCUGGAUUAGAUGCACCCUGCCCAUUGGGCCCAGAUGGAUUACCAAUGCCAGGGUGCUGGCAGAAGUGAUCACUCUAACCUGAAACGCAUGGAGUUUGUAAAUAAUGCUUCUUUUAUGGUAUUUAUAGUUUUUUUUAAAUGGGGGAAAAAAGUCAAGAAAAGAAGUCUGUGUACAAUGAUGCAAAACGAGUUUCACACCCUAAGCUGCUUCUACUCACAUCGCCGUGUGGAAAAACGUGUGUGUGUGUGUGUCCGCUCUCUCACAUCCACAUCGUGUUGGAGUUCAGAUCCGUGGCUGGUCGGCAGAACUUGGCUCUGUAGUCUUUGCAUGGCUCAGACUGGAGCGUCGCAGCCCGGCCAGAUUCACAGGGGUGGAAGCAGACUCGGGAGGAAGAAGCGGAGGCUGGGGUGGGGGGGAUCUGGACUGGCUCUCUAACACCAAACGCUAGGUGCUUUGUGUUGUUUCGUCUCAGCAAGCUCACUGCCCAUUCACGCAGCGCCAUUUUCUAAAAGACUAAAAAAAGAAGACUGUGCCAAACAGAACAUUGCAAAAGCAUGAGUGUUCAGAAACUAUAUUUAUAUGUAUUGUACAUACAUGUCACUGUUUUGUGGUCACGUCAUGGCUUCUGCAGAAAACAAAAACAAGGCUAACAUAAAAAAACAAACCCAGAGCUCUGACUUAAUGUUUGCUUUCCUUCAAUCUUCCCAAGGGAGUCACACCGUGGCUGGUAGCCUGAAAGCCCCCAGAAAGUAAAGCUCUUGGUUAUUGUUGCUUUAUUGUGGUGAUGCCUGCAGAGGGCAUGAUAUCAGCAGGUUUUCACCGUUUUCACACCCACGUGGCUCAGCAUCAGCAGUGCGGUGCCUCCAACAGCCACACUUCUCUGGACAGGAGGGAAGGACCUGGCAGGCUCACUGCACUGAGGAUUUAAGACGGGACAGGCCUGCUCUGGGAAUGGAUUCUGCAUGAGAGUCGCUGAGAGUCUCAUCAGUCUCCAUAGAGAUCAGCUGGAGCGUCUGUCCUGACAGGCGAUGCUUCAGGGUCUACUGAGAACGAUAACACGAUGCCACCAUGUUUUUCUUUAUUCUUUUUGCCAUCAUUCUUAAACAUUGUGUAUAAUAGCCUUUGGUGCCUCAAGCUUUUAUUCAUUCCUUUAUCAGAAAUGUACAAGUUUAUAUCGUAUGUUGAAUUCUUUGAUUGGUGUUUAUUUCCGAAGCAGCAGCUUCAUUUGCUACAUACUGUGGGAUUAUUGAAGAGACGCUGGAUUGUUUUGACAGGAUGUAGAUCACAUCCCUCUUGGUUGGGCAGUCUCUAAUCUUACUCAUGAUUUUGAAGAAGCUCCUUGUUUAUGCAAACACCAUGUAACAGAUAUGCUACAUAUUCAUGCUGGAUGCUAUGUGUACAGUGGUGUCAGUUCACUGCAUGUGCACAAUUUACUGCUUAUGGAUUUCUUAAAUACUGAAAAUGUUUCAGGAGCUUCAGAACAUGCAGCUUUGAUUCAUGCAGGGUUUGGGGUCGACUCUACUCUGACUACGCAACAGGCGGAUUCAUCUGAACACAGCUGCUGGUGUUUCAGAUGUCAGAUUAAGGCAGAUUAUGUUGAAUACAGUCUGUUGUAUCACACUCGUGCUGUCUUAAACGUAUAGAAAACAUGCAGCACUGUGGCUGAGUUUGACACCGUGAACCAGUUACUUUCCAUUAAUAAAACCACAAGCCAACUGGUGGCCAGUUAACUCACAUUCCAUAUCGGAUGGAGCAAAAACAGAUGGAGUGGUAGAUCAAUGCUAGGUUUCAUUUUCAUUUGUCAGUCUUUUCAUGCUGCGUAUAUUCAAAUGGCCUUCUGACAUAUGUAGCAGGUGCUACACAAGGCGGCGUUUGUUUUCUUCAGCAUGAGUGAAUUGUGCAUGACUAAUAUACUGUAAGAGCAGAUGUGAAAAACCAACAUUUGUUGUGAUGUAGCAGAAACCACAGGUGGAUUUGACAGGAUUUAUUGCCGCAAGGUUUGAUUGUACAGUUCAUCUCGCCAUUAUGAAGAAUGGAAGCACAUCUGUACAGAUUAUAAAGGUGCUAUCUGAUAGGUCGUCAGCCACACAGCUGACGCGCUCUGCCAGUGGCAAGAACUACACAACAGGUUUCUUUAUUGUUGUUGGGGUUUUAUGUGUGUAACAAUUUUAAGUUGUUUGUGCAUAUUUGUGUAUUUCUCAGUGUUUCAAGUGGUAUAUUUAUUUUUCUAUGGUUUCUUACAUGGAGGUAUUUUGGUUCAAAGCAGCAUUCCUUCCAGUUACUUUGGCUUCUGUAAGCAGUUUCUGCUGAGGCAGCAAGAAACCGCAUGGAGGAAGUUUGUCAUUUUCACAUCAGUGUGUAUUCACUGUGCAUUUACUUCAGCUCAUAGGAAUACAUCUGCUUUUAGUUCAUCUUGUGUGAAGAAGCGAGCCGAGCGCUGGCGGUCUGAAGGUUGACAGGCCCAGUUAGUGCAACAGCGCACAGUGAAAAUCUCUCAGCUUUCUCUUUGCUCUCAUUCUGUUUGCAUUGAAUGUAGUUUGAUAUUUGUACAGUGGAUUAUUAUUGUACUGUUAAUGUGCUCUUUUGACAAAAGUGCAAUUUAUUCCUUGGUUAAUGUGUGCGGCCUCAAAUGCAGCUGAAAAAAAAUCACACAACUGUGAUUCCUAGAGCUCCGUUUGUUCAGUCAUGCUACCCUGUGUACCACUGCCUGGUUUACCCGAAGAAAUAUAAACCUUGACCUUCCAAUAAAUCACUUUAGAUUGGUUUGUUUUGCUUCACCUUUGCUUUAAGAUGCUAUUUCCUUUACUUCAUGUUUAGCAUAUAAGUUUUUGGAUUCCCAGCCCUGAUUACAGUAUUUCUUUAGCAUGUGCAGCUAAUUUUUAAACUUUUUAAAUUUGUUUGUGCUUUUAUUUCCUUGCUAAAGUUUCACAUGGCAAAAGAAUUAAUUUUUCUGCAUAUACAUGAAAGCAGAGCUGCUCCAAAGUGACUCGCUGUGUAUUUUGUUGUUACAGAAAUGCUGUGAGUUAAUUGUACCUCUGAAACAGUUGCAUGCAUCCAUUAAUCUUGAACUGGUUUAGAAUGACCGACUAAGCCACAUCCACAAUAUCCCCGAGCGUUAUGUGGAAAGACAACACUGGUGUCCUACACGUCAUCUCCAGGCACUGCAGCCUUACUGAAAAAAUUAUAUUGCCACACAGUCUCCAUAAUAAAAUGCAGUCCUGGUAGCUACAGGUGUAAAAAUGCUAAUCAGAAUUCACUUUGUGAUUUGAGUUACAGCUGCAUCUCUUGGUUGUGGUACAUGUCCAGUGUGCAUUCUCCAGCUGUAUUAGUCAUUUUGUACCCACUCCAUUGAUAUUUCUUUCAAGACCCUUGUGUUCACACAGUACGAUAUCUCCCUAUAACAUUUCAUAUGACUACUGUUGGAGUCAAAUAAACAGUCUUUCAAGUA